AUGGAACCACUCUACCAGGCGGGGUCCAUCAUCAUGAAGGUGAAUACCUUACAAGGGAAGAAAAUGGUGGAGAGUGGCCUCCAGUCUGGAGACUUUUCUCUGCCCCAGUCGUGGCCCUCCUGCAUCCCGCCGUCGCCUGACUUGGAGAUCCUGCAGCAGAAGGUGGCCGGGGUGCAACGGGAGCUAGAGGACUUCAAGAAGGAGGCGCUAAAGGCCAUCCAUUACUUGGAAGACGCCUUCUGUGAAAUGAACGGGGUCCUGGCGCAGCAGGAGGAGCAGGCGGCCCGCGUGAAGCAGCGGCUGCGAGAGGAGGAGGACCGGGGCAUCGUGCGCAACAAGGUUCUCACUUUCCUGCUGCCGCGCGAGAAGCAGCUCCGGGCGCACUGCCAGCGGCUGGAGUACCUGCUUCUGCGCCAGAGCCGCGAGGCUCUGGGGGCCCCCAAGAAGAUCCAGGCCAGCUGA